UCUUUCUCUCUCUUCACUUUACUUUUUGCUAGCUUAUUGAAUACACUUUUUGCUUCCAGCUAUAAAUGCUUCACCUGUUUAUUACAUUUUUGCUUUGCCUUUACUGUUUCUCUCUCUUCUCUCUUUCAAUUGGUUUCCGCUAUUACAAACCAGGCUUCCUUUCCAGCUAGUUAGGUCCCGUUCUCAUCCUUAAGCACAGUACCCACCAACCGUUUUCCCCACCAUUGCUUUCCCCUUUUCAAAAAUCUACUAUUUUUACUCUCUUUACAUUUUUUUCCUCAUAAUAAUAGGAUUUUUGUCUGGCAUUACCAUAAAAUUUUCAUUUUUUUUAAUAUUUAUUUAUUGGUAUCUUAGUCCUGCCUUGAGUUUAUUUGUGACCCACUUGAGGUCACAAUCCCUUAUUGUUAACUACAUAUCAAAAACUGCAUCUUUUUGCAACAUCUGGGCUUUGUAGGGCUUUGUUUUGGUGUUGCUGCACCUAAUAGCUAUCUAUGCUCAUUGGGUUUCUGGGGGUUCAGAGAGAAGGCCCUUUGUUGAUUCUGUGGGUGCUGGAGAUAGAGGAUCAAGGAGGAUGAUUUAGAUCAACAUAAAGGUGGGAAUGUCUUGAUUCUACUCUCUGAAGAAUUUGGAGGACAUAUUUGAUCGUCUUGUAGCAUCCAACUAUGUCAGGAAACAGUUCUUUGCAUGUGGAAUUAUCGAAGAAGACUUCAUUUUUGGGAUUGAGAUUAUGGGUUUUGAUUGGGAUAGGUGUUGGUGCUUUUAUAGUUCUGAUUCUUUGUGUAUUAUCUAUAUGGUUUAUGUUUCGGAGAAAGUCUAAGAGAUCUCUGGACAAGUACCCUUUAUCCCAAAUACCACAUGUCUCAAAAGAUAUCAAAGUUGACAAGGUUGGGGUGCAGAUGUCUCAUGAUCAAGCAGAAAGUGUAGCUAUUCCUGUUCAUGACAAAGCAAAUGAGAACAAUUCGGAUAAGUUGUUAGUUCAUUUGCGCAUGAGCAAGUCCAGCGAUGCUGAUAAUGUCAGUCAGUGCAGCUCAGUUUAUCAUCACGAGCGAGGAUUUAGUUCAAUGUCGGGGGAAGAAGGAAGCUCCGGGACUUUUAAGAAGCACUCUACAUUGUCCUAUGGAGGAAUGGUAACCGCCUCUCCUCUAGUUGGCUUGCCAGAAAUAUCUCAUCUUGGGUGGGGCCACUGGUUUACACUUAGAGAUCUGGAACUCGCAACUAAUCGCUUCUCUCCUGAUAAUGUGAUUGGUGAGGGUGGAUAUGGGGUUGUUUACAGGGGAAGAUUAGUCAAUGGAUCUGAGGUGGCAGUGAAGAAAAUUCUUAACAACUUGGGACAAGCAGAGAAAGAAUUCAGGGUGGAAGUAGAGGCUAUUGGCCAUGUUAGACAUAAAAAUCUAGUGCGCUUACUUGGUUAUUGUGUAGAAGGAGUUCACAGGUUGCUGGUGUAUGAAUAUGUCAACAAUGGUAACUUAGAACAAUGGCUACAUGGGGCUAUGAGCCAACAGGGGACAUUUACCUGGGACGCUCGGAUGAAGGUUAUAACUGGCACAGCCAAAGCGCUAGCUUACUUGCAUGAAGCAAUAGAACCAAAAGUUGUUCACCGGGAUAUAAAGUCUAGCAACAUAUUGAUUGAUAACGAGUUCAAUGCAAAAGUUUCUGACUUUGGUUUAGCCAAACUUUUGGAUUCAGGCGAAAGUCACAUUACUACUAGAGUAAUGGGAACAUUUGGUUAUGUGGCACCAGAAUAUGCUAAUACGGGUUUGUUAAAUGAGAGGAGCGACAUUUACAGCUUUGGUGUUCUCCUGCUAGAGGCAGUUACCGGAAGGGAUCCUGUGGACUAUUCACGUCCUUCUAAUGAGGUGAAUCUUGUUGAAUGGCUCAAGAUGAUGGUGGGGACAAGGAGGGCCGAAGAAGUUGUGGACUUGAGGCUUGAAGUGAAACCAUCAAUGCGUGCAUUAAAGCGUGCUCUUCUGGUUGCACUUAGGUGUGUUGAUCCUGAAUCAGAAAAAAGGCCAAAAAUGAGUCAGGUUGUAAGGAUGCUUGAAGCCGACGAAUAUCCAUUCCGAGAGGAUCGAAGAAAUAGAAAGAGCCGCACUGCCAGCAUGGAAAUUGAAUCUCUGAAGGAUAUUUCUGGUCCAUCUGAUGCUGAAAAGGUGAAGGGUUCUGAAGGAUAUGCACCAGAAACAACUAAAGGGUAGGAUUGACAACCACACUUGACUUAACCAGCAUGUACAAUUGGCUUUGUUUCAAUUGCAAUAACCAAUCAAAAACCGUAUAUGUUCAAGUUUGUUUUGAGAAUUUUUUUGCCGCAUCCGAGAAGGGAAUCAAAUCUGAGAAGAGAAUCAAGUUGGAGAUAGCUCAUUUGGACAAUUAAGCAUUUUCUUAUUGAACAUGGUUAUUGGAGGAUAUGAUACACUGAAUUUGCAAUGAGGAUGAAGUGAGGGUGAGUGCACUAGUUAAUGUUGUACAUAUGUCUGCUGAGCCAAUCUCUUCCUUACAUGACUGCUAAUUUGCAGCCAUUUUUGUCUGCUUGGGAGUGGAGAUGAUGAAAAAACUGAUAUUUGGCUUCAUUGUACUUGCCAUUUUUUUAAGUUAAUCAUUAUGUAUAAACUCCAAAAAGUAGUAUGUGAAGUGAUCAUAUUCCUUGUUUUUUGGCAGUAGUUCUGACUUGAUUGUGUACUGUUAUUUGCUCCACAACUUGAUUCCAUAUAU